AUGUUCUUGAGAACCGUUCUGCUUCUAUGGUGCUGUGGAUUAUUGUGUCCAAGACAGAUGUUGCGCCAUCAGGGUCUCCUCAAGUGCCGCUGCCGCAUGCUUUUCAAUGACUUGAAGGUCUUAUUACUCCGGCGCCCCCCACAGACGCCUAGUUUGCCCAUGAACAGCUCAGAAUGUGAGGUGGGCGCCGGAGGCGGCUUGGCAGCCAACAAUAAUACAUUGACAGCUUUGGGUCGAGCUUGGAGGGUUCCAGCAGGUGGGACGACCACUCCAGAAGAGAACUGGUGCUAUCCAGCUACAGCCCCUGGACUCCAACACCAGCCGACGUCCAUGGUCAGUAGCACCUCUUCAGAUGAGUUCUGCAAAGGAAAAGCUGAGGAUAGGUACUCUCUUGGCAGCCUGGAUAGUGGGAUGAGGACCCCUCUUUGCAGGAUCUGCUUCCAAGGACCUGAACAGGGGGAGCUGCUGAGUCCGUGUCGCUGUGACGGGUCUGUACGUUGUACGCACCAGCCCUGCCUGAUCAGGUGGAUCAGCGAGCGGGGGUCCUGGAGCUGUGAGUUGUGUUAUUACAAGUACCACGUCAUCGCCAUAAGUACUAAGAACCCUCUUCAGGUAAAGUGGCAAGCCAUCUCCCUAACCGUCAUUGAGAAAGUGCAGAUUGCAGCCGCCAUCUUGGGCUCCCUCUUCCUUAUUGCCAGCAUCUCCUGGCUCAUCUGGUCCACCUUCAGUCCCUCAGCAAAAUGGCAGCGUCAGGACCUGCUCUUCCAGAUCUGCUACGGCAUGUACGGCUUCAUGGACAUUGUGUGUAUAGGACUGAUUAUCCAUGAAGGACCUUCCGUUUAUCGGAUAUUUAAACGGUGGCAAGCAGUGAACCAACAAUGGAAAGUUCUCAACUAUGACAAGUCUAAAGAUUUGGAGGAUCAGAAGUUAGGGACAAACCAACGUACUAUCCAGCGCACUUUAACCCAGACUAAUAACUCCACCACUACCACUGCUGGCACAGCAAAUAAUUCCACACCCGGGGACAGUGGUGGACACGGAGCUACCAUGUCUGACCAUCACUGUGCUUACACUUUUUUUCACAUCCUCAGCCAUCUCAGACCACACGAACAUAGGAGCCAAACUAGUACUAACAGAGAGUUUGUCAUGAGAGUGACCACUGUCUGAGGUCACCUGAAGGCCUUAUCUGGGAGAUGUGUGCCUUGUCCUGAAAAUCAAUGCCUCAGCUAAACCUUCUCAAGGGCAGGAGGUGUCAAAGAGGUCAUGGAAGCUAAUGUGCUGGUCCAGCCUGGUCCAGGGUUUAGCCUAACGUGCAAUAUGGCCUGUAACCUGAUUAAAGACCUAGUAGCAUGACUAUUGCACCCACCUGGAGGAUCUUGCAGUCACCAAAUGCACAUGGGGAGAGUAAAAAAUGCCCUCAUGCAAUGUCCACCAUUUAUCAGUUUCUGUAUGCGGGCUGAGAGUCUCCACUUUUACAAGUCUCAGCAGAAAUGCCGCGUAAGCACAAAGGUGUAUUCUGUUAUGUGUUUUUAUAAAAAUAGACUCUAAGCUCCAGCUUUUAUUAAGGAGAUUCUGUCUAUUUUCAUGUGAGUACCCUCCUUGAGGUUUCUAAUGAUUGCAGCUCAGAAUCAAUGUGCAGCAGGUAAAGCCGGUACAUUUCUGUGUUACUAUCUUUUUUCAGGAAUGCAUAUAAGGAAUCUGUCUGGAUUCUUGCUCUCACUUUCUUCGACUUGGCGGACAGAGCCGAAAACCCUUUUUACCACAAUUGUUCCUAGAGUUAAAGAAUCAAGAAAAUGAUUAUUAUUUCUAGUAGAACUGAUUUGCCCACAAACUGAUGUAAAGGCAAAUUAUUUAUACCCAAGCUACUGCCCUAUCUCUAGCACAACUGAUUUAUUACAGUUUAGUGGAAUUUACAACUACAAGAACUGGUGAUUUAGUCACUUAUCCUGAUUCCCUCCAUUGUUGUGUCUCAGAAUCAGGCGGCAGCAAGUAAAGCCCCUACAGUUCAGUCAUUCACACAAAGUAUUCUUCACGACAACACUUAAGGGUUUCCUCGUUCUUCCUAUCAUUAGGGUUCUUGAUCAAUAGAGGAGAUAAUUCUUUAAUCCAUUUCUAUUACUGUUACAAAUUACUCUCUAUCUAGCACAAUUGAUUUUUCUAGUCACAUGUAAAGGUGGAAUAAUCCAAUUCUUUUUUACAAUGGCAGGAAUUUGGGGUUUUAUCCUCUGCUCCUAAUCACCAAAACCUCAUUAAUUACUUUUGUUUCUACCGUAGGAUCCUUAUCAGAAGCGCCCAUCAUCCCCCUAUGGACCAUUAAUAUGAUCCUUCACAUUGCGAUGUAAGAGCAGAAGAUACAGCUCUGUCCUUACAUUGACCAGAAUUGGUGAUUUUAUCCGCUUUUCCCCAGAAUUUAUACUAGCCGAUACUCAGUGUCAAGAUGCAGCAGGUAAAGCCUGAACAAUCUUGUAUAAGAACCAGAAUUCAUCGGACAGUGGUGAUCGAGUUCCUCCUGGCCUUGAAUUCUUUAUCUCGAUGGUUACAAGUGAAACAUAUUUUCCUUUUACUCCAUUGUUAUUGUAACAAAAAACUUCCUCUUCACGAUACCGUUGAUUUUCCCAUAAUCUGGUGAUUACUGAGAAGGUAUCUCAGAACAGGUGCUGUCAUUCUUCUGGUGUGGUGUGAGGCGUCCAUAAUCGGGGGUGACCACCACAAUUGCUAGAGCACAAAAGCAACAAAAUGAUUAAUACUAAGUGUUAAUGGAGACGUUCACUCCAAUCAAUGAUAGAUAAGAUGUUAAAACCUAAGUCUGAGGACAAACCUUAAAGGACCAAGUCCUCUGCAAAUCGCAGAGCUCAACCCAUUUCAAUGUCAUAUAGCACAAGUGGGGGUGGGGGUUAAAUUAUUGCAAUAUGAAAUUAAAACCAACAAUUACUGGACCCAACCGUCUAUUGGACCAUGUGAGUGGGUGAAUUAGCAGAUGGGAGUAGUCACCGAGUGGAUUGGUUCACUGAUACAGGAACGCUGGAAAUUGGAGGGUUGCACCACAAAUUUCAUACUGAAAAAUAUACGGAAGAAGCAGCGCUGAGUUUGUCCUACGGAUAUCACGUUUUAUUUUUUUUAUAUUACAGCCCAUUCUAUUGAAUGGCAAACUCAGCUCUGCUGCAUCUGCCGUAUAUGCCUCCAUUAUGUGGACGGACAGCAGUGCAUUCUCUGCCUCGUUAUACGUGGAAGGCCUAAGCUACACAGGAGAUUUUUGGUACAGUGAUACAAAAAAAUGGAAUUUCGUCAAUCUGCAUAAAAAAAUAAUAAUAUUGAUCAGUUGCUAUGGCAAUAAAAAAUUAAAAAUUGAUCCACUGUUACCAAAUGUGACACUGCUCAUAGUUCCCUUACUUUUUUCAUUUGCUCAAUUAAAAGGUUAUUGCGCCAAAUUCACAGAAAUGUCGCACUGCGGGAUGAUGAAAUCCCCGUUAUAUGCAUCUAGUCUGACCGGUGUAGCUGCCAUAGAAAAACUUGCAGACGCUUUAUAUAUUUGGCAUACAAAUUAGACCACAUCCUCCAAAAAACAGAUACCAGGAGCGUCAUGAGUUUGGUGCAAGUGCGUCUGCGUUUUUCAGUUCCAUGUAGUUCAGCCUGGCUACAAAUCACUUGGUGUAGCUUGGGCCAAAAGUGCAAAAUGUUAAAAUGUUUCAUCAUUUACGGAUGGAAAUACUGAUCUGCGUCCGUUUAUAUAUUUUUUCUGUUGGCAGCAGGUUGAACAUUUUGUGCUUUUACCGUCACAUUAAAAUCUGUGACGAUGAUGCAAGGAAUCUGUCACAUGUCUGGGACGUUCGCGCUCAUGGAAGCUAUAAUUCUGGAAAAAAAUAAUUUUGCCAUAAAGAAAUAUAAACUGGAGAGUAA